AUGAGCUUCUCAAAAGAAGAUGAUGUUCUCCCGAUUGACCGUACUACUGGAAGAGUGCGCGGAUCAGUGAACAUGAUUGACAUCCAUCGGAUUGUGGAUUGGGUGGAAGUUAGCGGAAGAUGGACGAGAAUGUCGGUGAGCAAACGUACCUGUUGAUGUUCGUUGUGCCAUUUGUAACCUGAUUGUUGUUUUUCUGUAAUUAGUGUGUUGAAUUGAAUUUGUUAUCGUGUUUGUACUGACUUUUCCCGUCCAAUACAUGAAUCGAUCGCAUAAAUAUGAAUAAAUUGAGACUUUGCUGGUUUUUUGAACGGAAUCGUCAUCCAAAAUACCAUAAAAAUGAUGGACCGUUUCAUCGGCCAUUCGUAAAAGGUUAGAGUUGGUCGCGAGUCGACGGUUGAAUGUCCAAGUAUACAAUAGAAAAACGUGACUCACAUAAUUGGAAAUAUCAUGAAUGUAUAACGAAGUGACACCUCAAAUGAUUACAGAUCAUGGGAACUUCAUUGUCACCUGAAAUACUUGUGAAGGAGAACCAAGGAGAGAAGGAUGAACGCAUCAUCAUCUUUCUGAUUCCAGGUGAGCCAUCUAUUUUUGGGAACACUCUCCUCUGAAUUUGCAACAUUUUUGGUUCUUCCACUUGCCCAAGCGCAUAUCAAUCAUGUUCGUGUUCUGCCGUUUGACAUUUCUCUUUUUCGCCCCGCUUUAUCAAGUUUUCCUUUCUUUUUUUUCUCCAGGAAACCCCGGCAAUGAUGGAUUCUACACUGACUUUGGCAGGCGCCUCAUCCGAAAUCUGAUUGCGCGCGAAGACCGACUUGGCCACCGACGUGUCCAGUUCCUUUUCUACACGCUCUCCCAUCUGAAUCAUGUUCUUCUGCCAGCGGAUCUUCGCUGUUCGGAGAGUCACACUGUGAAUGGUAUGUUGACAUCCUUCCCCAUUGCUAUUCCAAAAAAGUAAGUCCCUGGAGACUUGGUGUUUGGUGCGGUAGAAAGAAAGAAAAGAGACGGGUUGAAAAGGCAACUCCCAAGAAGUUAUCCAAAAGAUGACAUUCAAAGUGUGACGUUUCAGAGAGAUUCAGUCUCGGCGACCAAGUUCAACACAAGUUGGACUUUGUGAAGGAAUAUCUGCCCAGAGGGAACAGAGUGUACAUGUUUGGACAUGGCGCGGGGGCGUACAUGCUUCUCAGCAUUCUUCCAUACAUCAAAGACGACUUCAAUCUGAAAAAGGCGGUUUGCUUGUUCCCCACUAUCGAAAAGAUGUCGGAAUCACCACACGGCAUUCGACUCCGAAAAGUUGUUUCGGUAAAUAGUUCCGGAGUUUGGGAACGCAGAAGAAAAAAGUUUUCAGACAUUGAAACAAAACGAUUGGCUGGCUAAAACUCUAUCAUUCUGGGUUGACUUGAUGCCAGAGGCAGCAAAGCGCAAACUCAUCUCGAUGAAACUGUCUUCAGACCAGGUAGAAAAUCUGUUACUCGGCUUCGAAAGUUAAAAAAACGUUCACUUUUUCAGUCAACUCCAGAAUUCAUCGAAUGCGUCUCUGAACUGUUGCAUAUGCACGUCUUCCGCAACAUUGUGAGCCUGUGUAACGACGAGUUAGAUAAGGUGACACCAACUUAUUCCGCCUAAUAUUAAGAACUAAUCGGUUUACCUUCUUCAGAUUGACACUCUGGACGAAACGCUCUUGUUCCAUAAGAAUCUGGUGUACUUCUACUACGGAAUGAAUGAUGGGUGGUGUCCGAUUGAACACGGGCAGCGAAUGAGUGAGAGGUUGACACGUGGACACGUGGUCAUUGACAAGGAUAACAUGGAACACUCUUUCGUGUUCCGUGACUCUUCGACAAUGGCUGAGAAGGUCCUGCAGUUCAUCGUUUAA